AUGGAAGAGAAUUCAGGACCUAGUGUAGCAAAUUUAUCAGAAGUAGAUACUGAAGAAUUGGAUCAUAUUGUUCAAACAAACAAAAAAAAUAAAAGAGGGUGGCCAAAAAAUCCACUUUGGAAUCAUUUUGUUGAAAUUAAUUAUCAAGAAAGUGGGCAUAAAGCAAUUUUUACAGCUGAUGAAAUGGAAAAGGUUUUAAUUAAUAUUUGUAUUGAUAAAUUUGGUGCUGUUGUAUCUGAUGAUGCAUUUGCAAUGUCAUUAGCAAAGCAAUAUAUUUCUGAUAAAUAUCCUAAAAUAUUACCAGUUCAGUGUAUUGCUCACCAUAUUCAGUUAAUUUGUAGUGAUAUAAUCUGCAAAACCUUAUUUGGAAAAAAAGUAUUACAACAAUAUCAAUCAUUUGUUAUAUAUUUUCAUGCAUCUCAUCGAUCUGACAAUGACAAUUCAGCUAUGACAUUAGAAUUACAAAAUCUUAUACAUGAUCAUCAAUUUUGGGCAAAUGCAGAAGUAUUAGCAAAGGUUUUAGCUCCUGCUAAAAAUGCAGUUAAAAUAGCAGGAUCUAAAGGUAUAAAAAGUUUAGUAUUUCAAGAUAUUUUGCAUACAGCUCUUGAAAUUUGGAAAAAACUUGGAGGUGAAUUAGCAAGUGCUAAUAUACUUGUAGCACAAAUAAAAAUGUAUGAUGCAUUUGAGCCACCUUAUAAUUAUACUUUUAUGGAAAGUGUUGAAUCACUACAAACUUGGUGGAAUGGUUGUAAAAUGCCUGAUCAUUAUUUACAAAAACUUGCUUUACAUUUAUUAGCAAUUACUCUACAUAGUGCAAGUUGUGAGCAUAUAUUUUCAAUUUUAAGUUGA